AUGGAACCUAAGCCCUUCGAUAAGGACGGCAACCACCCGGGGACUCUAAAGAGCUCUCGAACGGCACUUGCCGCUACUGGUCGGAAAAUUUUCUAUCAAGACCUGGAAGAAGGGUUGAAACUUCCGAAAAAUAGUUGGGUCCUUCCCGUGGACGUGUUGGAUGGAGAGAUGGAUGGGGACUUGAAUCCUCCUCUUAAGACACCCCCGCGUCUCACCAUUGGGAUUGGCUCUCCCCCUCAGCAAUUCGAUUUUCCAACACCACCACCACCAAUUUCGUGCAAUGAUUGGGAGAUGGAUGAAAAAACUCUAGGAGAACGAAUUCGAGAAAGGAGUUACUCCUCAAAUUCGAGCACAACUCUUGGAUCCGAAGAAGCUCAACGUCUACUCGAUGAAAACAUUCGGGAUAACAAUGAUUCAAACUUUGAAGACAUCAAUCCAGCAUCAAUCCAGCCCAAUGAUUGCUUACCCGGGGACAGGCAUGAGGGCAGCAACUGCCAACAAAACCAGUUGUACAAUGAUCCCCGCUUUGAGGACGAUUCGGCAAGCGAUUCAUUGCGGUCGUUGUUAGAUCCUUGUGAACCGACCGUCGACCGUCCUCUUGGGGCGGUGUACCUGAUCCAAAAUGAUUUCGAUUCUCUAACGCCGAUCGAUGAUCCCAUCCAUCGUCCCACCGGCGGCUUUGUGGAAAAUGUGCUAUACGAACUCGUGCCCAUCUAUCCCCAGAACGAACCCACCGCUCUCCCAGCGAACACUGCGUGCCCGACAAACGACGUGGCCUCCAUUGGGCUCGACCAUGGAAUUUUAGAAGCAAUCGAUUUGGAUAAAAGACUCUACAAGUAUCAAGGAGCCUAUGGGACUUUCCUUGUCCCAAUUAUCGACCCGCUGUAUGCUUAUGAAGCAUGCGAGAACGCCUACCAAGAAUUGGUAAUUGCUAGAUGCAAUGGGCAUUUCGUGCAAUGGGCAGAAACGCAACCAAAUCAAUUUAAACCCGAUCAACGAAUAGAUGAAGGAAUGACUCUAGAAGCUCUAAACCCUUCGACUGAGGUUAAAAAAACUGCCGGUCGUCCAGAAAAAUAUAAGAUAAAGAAUAUUCGUCCGGAAGAAAGCCCGCAACAUGCUAGGGAAAGGGAGACUCAAGAAAGGGCACGAGGGAAGAAAAGUGAUCGACUUCAAAAGCAAAACAUGGCCGUCACAACGGCCCACAAAACCCUCCAAGCGAUCGGCUUAAAGUCAACUUCGAAACUCAUGGAGGUACUCAAGGAUCAUCGCUCGCUACAACCCGGAAAUGCAGGAAAAAAGAAUGACAAAAGAUCGACUCGUAAAACAAAAUCUAACCAUUACAAGGAUGCAAAUGAAAAAUUGGCUGCAAGAAGGCAAAGUGGGCAAGAAUCAGCGCAACGAUUCAGAGAAAGGGAAAAUAAAAGGAUUGAUCUGUUCAAAAAAAUCAUUGGAAUGAUUGGAGAGUUGGAGAAAAUGGGAAGUACAAAUAAAAGAGCGAAAGAAGACAAAAAAGCAAUCGACCGUGUGAUCAAUCUCUUAAGGAGUGUCCCCAUGACCGAUGGAUCGCCGAAGAAACGCAAAAAC